UUAGAAAAAAAAAAAAAAACCAAUUCGAUAAUUUUUUUGGUACGGAUAUAUCGCGUUCUCUCACGGUCUCACCCACGCCCCGUAGGGUUUAUCUAGGGUUUCGAAAUUUCGGCUGUUCCUUUCUCCGUAUUCCCCCAAUGGCGAAGCCGACGAGAGUUCGUCGCUCACCUUCUAUCUCUGGCUCCGGUUCCUCUUCCCGUUCUCGGUCACGGUCCAAAUCUCGUUCCCGCUCUUACUCCGGCUCAGACUCCAAGUCCAGCUCCCGCUCUCAGUCUUUGUCCCGCUCCAGAUCUGCUUCCCCUUCCAGCUCUCGCUCUCGGUCCAGAUCUAUCUCCUCUUCCUCUCCUUCUCGUAGCGCGAGUUCUCGAAGUCGCAGCCCUCCUCAGCGUCGAAGUCUGGCUGAUGCAUCUAGGCGAGGUCGUUCCCCUCCACCACAAUCUAAAAAAGCAUCUCCAGCUCCAAGUGAUUUCAGGAAGACUUCUCCCAUCCGUGAGUCCCUAGUUCUUUAUGUUGACUCACUGAGCAGGAAUGUCAAUGAAGGCCAUCUAAGAGAGAUAUUUAGUAAUUUUGGUGAAGUUGUAAACGUCGAUCUGGCAAUGGACCGUGCUCUUAAUCUUCCAAGAGGAUAUGGCUAUGUUGAAUUCAAGACAAGAGCAGAUGCUGAAAAAGCUCUACUGUACAUGGAUGGCGCCCAGAUUGAUGGCAAUGUUGUAAGAGCGAAGUUUACACUUCCUCCACGACCAAAAGUUUCUUCACCGCCAAAGCCAAUUGCUUCUGCUACUAAAAGAGAUUUUCCAAAAUCUGAUAAUGCCAAUGCUGAUAUUGAGAGGGAUGAGCCAAAACGACCAAGGGAAUCUUCUCCUCAACGGAAAAUCCUGCCCUCACCACGAAGGAGAUCCCCUGUGGGUCGAAGAGGUGGAUCUCCUAGACGACCACCAGAGUCUCCACGCCGGCGACAUGAUUCUCCGGUUCGUCGUCGUGGUGAAACACCUCCAAGGCGCCGGCCUGCCUCUCCACCUAGAGGUCGUUCUCCUUCAUCUCCUCCAAGGCGACUUAGAUCUCCAGCAAGGACCUCUCCUCGUAGGCUGCGUGGUAGUCCAAUCCGAAGGCGUUCUCCUCUUCCAAGGCGCCGUUCACCUCCUAGACGAGCCCGUAGUCCUCCAAGAAGGUCUCCCUUCAGUCGUAGACGGAGCCGUUCUCCAUUUCGUAGACCUGCUCGUUCUCGUUCAAGGUCAAUCUCACCUCGGAGAGGCAGAGGACCAGCAGCAAGACGGGGGAGGUCAUCAUCGUAUUCCAGAUCACCCAGUCCGCGGAAGGUGGCAAGGAGGAUUUCAAGGAGUCGCAGUCCUAGAAGGCCAUUGAGAGGAAGGAUUAGCAGCAACAGCGGCAGCAGUAGUUCGCCUCCUCGUAAGCCAUAGGUUAUUUUGCUGGAUUUUAGUUCCCCUGCUCAUUCCCUAAGUUUGAUUGUAUUAGUUGUGAAUGAUGUAAUGGCAGAGUUGUAUUGAGUUUGCUAAAAAAACACUGUUUUCAGUUGUGAUCUACUUAAUUGGCUCUUAGCAAAAGUCGGUGUGUAUGAAAUAUUAAAGCAUUGUACAAUGAGCUGGAUUUGGAAUUUGGCUGAUAAUCAAGGCUCAAGCACAAGUUGGUAUUUUAUUUUUA